GAAGUUUACAUGAAACAAGUUUCAAGCUUCUAAUAAAAAAGCAAUUGUUAACUUCGAAACAAUAGAGUUUGUGGAAAUAACAUCAAGUUUGUGUUUUACUGCUAUUGUAAUGAAUUUACAUCAAGCAACAGUAGGUACAUUUCUUUAUCUCACAGUUAACCCCUGUUUCGGAGGAUCUAGCCAGCUGCGAUGCUACUAUUGUGAUGCGUCCAUCCUCAGUGCAUGCGAUGACCCCCCAGUAAAAGCUGUUUUACCCUCGGUGGAAUGUAGAGAACCCCCUGCCCAUGUAGUCUCGAGGGACGGACAGUCAGUCACCGAUUUCGUUUUAUCUCGAUCCCGUGAUGGACAAUUUAAUGGCGUUACCCUUGUCACUAAUAUUUUACUUAGGGAAAUCCCACGAGAGGCAGAACUAACGGAUCAAGAAUACACUUUUUAUUGUGGGAAAAUCACUUUGAAGUCGGGUGAUAAUGAGAGUAUGCAAAGAAGAUGUUUACCAGUGAAAAAGGAUAUUUUAGAUGUUUGCAAUUUUAUUAAAGAAGAAAUAGAUGAGAGAAUACAAGUAACUGGUUGCAGUCUGUGCGAUGCAGAUUUAUGCAAUUCUUCUAAUAAAAUACUUAUAUCUUGCACCUUAAUACUGUUUAAUAUGAUAAGAUUGUUUAUAUUUUAAUUAUCUACCUACAU